CGUAAAAGGAAUUUUUUUUUUCAUUGAGUUGAGGGGUGCGUGAGGAGAAAGUGAUAACUCACGGGGUUAGGACACACGUCGCUGAAACUGUCUUCCCAGGAAAAAUUUUACAUCUCAUCGGACUGCGGAAAUGCGUCUUUCAGAGUCUGAGGAUGAAUCGGAACAACUGCAAUCAGAUUUAGACUCUGAGAGUGAAUACAGCAAUUGUAGUCUGGAUGAGGACUACAUUCCGAAGGGGUUUUCCCGAGAAUCAAAUCAGAAAGACUUCACCACUGAGGACAGUUCAGAUGAGGAGUGUGACAGAACCCCCACGAAGAGAAGAGCAUCCAGGAAGCGUUGCCGCUCAGUUUCUGCUUCUUCGGCAUCAUCACCCUUGAAAUCCCCAUCUAAGAAGUGUGAACGGAGACCCCUCAGAAAGCAGAUCCAACGUGCAUCUACACCCAAAAAAAACUCCUCUCCUCACGCUGGUCGUACGGUAUCCACUCCACGCAGGAGAGGUGAAAGUGGAAAGAGCAAGCGCAAACAAGCACGAAGCUAUGUCAGGAGAGAGGAAGAGGAUGGAGCAGAUGAGGAUUGGUGGCGUAACCUAGAUGAGGAAGAUGUGGAGCCUCCUCAACCGCGCUUCAGACCUGAGAGGGACGUAGGGCCACAGCUGAACAGAACUGCAAAUUACACACCGCUCGAACUGUUCCAGUUGUUCUUCUCUACGACAGUAAUUGAUACAUUGGUAAUAAACACCAAUAUCUAUGGGAAAAAGAAAUGUGAAGGCCAAAGGGAAAGCUGGGUUCCUGUCACAACAGCAGAUAUGUACUCCUUCAUCUGCCUUGUCCUCUACAUGGGUAUCGUACCGCUAAAAACUCUGAAAGAGUUCUGGAGAGGAUCUAAGCUGUUCUGCCUGCCGUUCCCCGGAUCUGUCAUGCCCUGCAGACGCUUUCUCGCCAUCUCCCGCAGUCUACACAUGAAUGAUCCCGCAGUUGAAGCGGCUAAUGACCAGAAGAAAGGGACAUCAGGGUAUGACAGACUUUGCAAAAUAAAGCCGCUCUACGAACAGAUUUUGGAGGCCUGCCAUACAUUCUUUCACCCCCACCAGCAUAUCUCCAUUGAUGAAAGGAUGGUGGCGAGUAAAGCGAGGAUCGGGCUCAAGCAGUAUAUUAGAAACAAGCCUACAAAAUGGGGUUUUAAGCUUUUUGUUUUAGCGGACUCUGUGUGUGCCUACACCCUGAACUUUUUUGUGUACGCAGGAAAGGAAGGUGAGCCCACGGGGAAGGGGCUAAGCUAUGACGCUGUCAUGAGACUGCUGAAGAUCCCCUUUCUAGGCAAAGGAUACAAGCUCUAUGUGGACAACUUUUACACCAGUCCGACUCUAUUCCGUGACCUCCUUCAGAAAAAAAUCUGGGCAUGCGGCACCGUUCGUUGUAACGUAUCCGGUUAUCCCAAAACAAAACGGAACGACAUGUCCGAGAAAACACCAAGAGGAACCAUCCGGUGGAUCAGAAAAGGAGAGUUGCUGUUUGUUAAAUGGUUAGACACCCGGGAAGUAACAAUGUGUUCAACCAUUCACAAAGCAUAUAGCAAUGACAUGGUCAAGCGCAAAGUGAAAGAUGCAGAUGGACAGUGGACAGUAAAUAAAGUGCCUAUUCCAGGUUGCGUCAGAGAUUACAACCAGCACAUGGGGGGUGUCGACUUGUCAGAUGCGCUCAUUGGCUACUACAAUGUCCUUCAUAAAACUCGGAAAUGGUACAAAACUCUGUUUUAUCAUUUUGUGGACAUAGCCACUGUGAAUGCCUUCAUCCUCCAUAAAGAAAUGUGCAAACUGCAGAAUCGGCCUGUAAUAACACAGAAAAACUUCAGGGAGCAACUGAUUUUGUCCCUGGCUGAGAUCGGGUCCACUCCACGCCGGUCAGCUCCUCAAAACUUUAUGAUGCCUGCCUCUCCGUUCAAACUGCCACAUCCCUCCCCAUCGAAAGACCUUUCAGCCCGCCCGACACCUUCCUCCCUGUCCACAGUGCCGCCUGCCUCCCCGUCCACCGUGUCACCCCUCUCACCUCCUGUCCCGUCCAACGUACCUCCUGCUUCUUCUUCCACGUUACCUCCUGCUUCUCCAUCCACUGAGGUGCAAACUGCUACAGCCGCAGAUGUCCCUGGUUUAGGUCACCUACCAGCUUACUUUGUAGAAAAAAUGAGAAAUGUGGCCUCCAGAAAUCGAGCCACAGCCGGCAGAAGGGCAUGCGUGGUCUGCAAAAGAAAGUCGCCGGUCUAUUGCAGCACUUGCCAGAAAACACUUUGUUUCACUACUUUAAGGAACUGCUACAGUGAGUGGCAUAGAAGCAAUAGCAUCUGUGUCUAAGUAACUGGACUUCUUUGCUUAUAGUUUGUAUAAAGGGCAUUUGACAGGUAAAAGGAACAAAUGUGCUCAGGCAUCUUUGCUAAAUGUGUGCCUUUGAUCACAACUAGUGAACAAAUGUCCAACUUUCUUUUGGUUCCUUUGCCAAAUUACUAACCCCUAGAUACCUAUGUUGUUAGCUCAUAAGGUUGUGCUUAACAAACCUGUUCAAAUUGUCUCCAAGUAGUAUUACAUAUCUUGAGAUAAUAGAUGUAGAACAGAUAACCUUAAAAAUCUUAAGUGAACUAGAAGAGGAUCUCCAUAAAUAGAUGAAUCUAUGCAUUAUCAUAAUCGGCAGAAUUAACUGUAAUACUCAGUAUAUUGUCAAGCUUCAGUAUGUCUCCUGGUCAUAGCCCGUUACAAUACCUCAAAGUGUCUCUAAAACCCUUCAUAAAAAACAUUAGGAAUUUAUAUGGAAUUGUAAACUCUCUUACAAACUGGGAAGCGACCAUGUUACUGCCUUGUGUAAUUUCAGGGAGAGCCUAGCUGCACCUUUGUUCUAGCGACUCAAGGGGUGGAGUUGCAGAUGCAGCUCAUGGGAGUCACAAUGUUGGUGGUCUUUGACUAACCAGCUUGAAAAAGUUUUACAUGGCAGAGUGACCUCCUGGCCUUAAAUUGGACUACAUGCUCUUAAGGAGAAGGUCCAUAUUUUAUCCUUAAGCUAUAUCAACCAGGACUGUUUAAAAUGCUUUAAUACAUUUAAUCACAAUAAGGUAUUAUGGAAACGGAAAUCUUGGACUGAAAACUGGACUAUCAUCUAAAACACCCUGGAGAAGUGAUCUCAGACCCAGUGACUCUGAAUAAUAGGAUUCUGAAGAUUUAACAUCAUAAGUGGAUAUAUAUCUACUGUAUCAACAUCUACCUGAAAGACUACUGUGAAGAUAUAUACCUCAUGUCUUUUGUUAUCUGUGACUAAGAUGUUCUCUCAUAACAUCCCUGGAACCUGAGAUUACUUAACCAGUGCUCACUGGUGUUGCUUCAUGAAGGAAGUGCAUAUAGAUUUAUUUCAAUGUACUCUUGAUGAAUGAAUGCAGAUUGUAUACUGUAACUCAAAGAAGACAUGGGAAUCACACUUGAAUAUAAAGAUUGAUGUAGAAGACAGUUUUUUUUAAAAGGUACCAUCAAGUAUAUUUACAUGUACUACACUAUGUUGAGUGGGUUUCAUCUUGGUUUGAAUGAAACUUCUUUGUUUACAUGAUUAUGUCAUCAUCCAGGUUUCUGAUCAUCUCUGUUGGCACAGGCCUUUUGUUUUUGUUUUUUUUUGCAUGUCAGCCACUCUUUGACAUUUCUGUCUUCUGACUUUCCUCAACAGUUGAGGAUGAACUUGUUUUAGUUUCUGGUUGCAUUUAAACAUGCUCAUUUGGAUUUGGCUUCUUCAGUUUGACUCUGACUAUAACACAACUCAGGUUUAGGAUGCACCAGCAUACAUGACAGACUGGAAGGAACCUGUAUAAGGUGUAUGCCAUAAUAUCCCAGUUUCUGUUGGUGUUUUUCAUAAAAGUCCCUAUUCUGGUUUUGAAACUGGAAUAAAGAUUUCUAAAACCAGGAUGUUUACAUGAGCAAACAGCAUACUUGAAAAAAAACAACACUAUUGUGCCUUUAAACCUGCUCAUUACUGGUACUGUAGAUAUAGACUGAUUUAUUCAGUCAUCAACUCUGCCUCACUCCACAGAAAUGACAGAAAUACUGUUAAUGCAAACUUGAAUUAUCAGACUUAUUUUAGAUGUAGUGUAUAAGAAAGCUCCCUCUUCCAUUGUUACCUAUCUCUGCAUCAAACUCAACAUCUGUGACAAGCUGACUGAUACGACAGGAAGUGUUUAACCACAGGACCCGUAUCUUUGCCUUUUAGGAAUUUUGACAACUGUUGAUGCCUAUUUAAGGAAUUCUCUCUGUUUACAAAAAUACCAAACUGUACCAUUAUAUAGUGCAAAAUAAAAAAUGCAGUGACCUCAAUGUUUAAUACUUAUGUCCUUAUAGCUAAAUGGGUCUUGAAAUGAAAAGUUGUGCUCCACUUGAAAAGAUAACUUGUGUUCUCAGAAAUUGGUGCAACUAUUUCUUAGCAAGCUGCAGUCCUAUUUACUGUAUAUGGAAACGUUGCCAAAAUAAGUUUCACAACUGCUAUGGACCUCAAUACCUCUGGUUAACCUUGAUACAUCUCUAAUUAAUCCAGACUUUUUUCACUCUGCCUCUUCUAUGACUUUUUAUAUGUGCGAUGGGGAAGAGAUUAGGAACUGUGCUCUUGUGCUUGCUCUG